AAUGAUUGUGAUUCCAAAGCGGUGGUGCAUUACGUUGGCCUCUUUUGCUACUAGCGUUACUACAUUCACCCACCUCCUUUAUGCGAUGCCAUUGCCAUUUGAUUUUAUAAAGUUGCAUUUGGCUGUGAGCAACAACAAAAAAAGGACAAAAGGUAGCAUCAGAAGUCAUGGUUCUUUACAGAGGACAACGUGUAAACGUGCUGCGGUAAGUGUAUCACUAUCGCUAUGAAUGAACUAGCUAUGGAGCGAUGAACAUUCAUUUCCGACCAUGCACCGAGAUCGUCUCACACGCUCAAAGAGUAAAUCGGUUACAGUCGUGCGUCGUGUGAGCAACAGCGACCGGCGAGUCGAAACAAGGGGGGGCUAUUUCAUGUCCGUUUCAUUCAAACCAGUUUCUGCCCAGGUUACGGGUUUGGGUUCUAUUUUGCAGCAUUGCAUUGCUAUUCCCACAUAAACAUUCUUCUACGCAUGCGCUAGAGGUGGAAGUCUGUUUUACGGCAGUAUUGUUAUUACUAUAAUUUCACCAAAAAAAAGUCACCAAAGUAACGUUAGCCUAAUUGCGUUUGCAAUGAACUGACAGUGACCGUUGGGAAAACAUUUUAACACACAACUCAUCAUUUCGUGAAGAACAUGUCUCCGUGGGGCCGUUUUUACGACAUGUCGUAAAACAUGUGUGUGUAGUGCAGUCAGAGUCGCCAUCUUUGGUGUUUAGAAACGAAGCCAUACGCCGCGAGACGCUGCGGUUUAACGUGAUUUCACGGCUAAAGGGCGACGUGAGGCACUGCGCGGGGCGGACUGCCCCAUCGCAGCAGCGUUAAGACCCUUCAAAUGCGCAAAAAAACACGUGAUAAAAAAACGUGUCCGGCCUAGUGGCCCUUCACUGGCCACCCGGACCAGCAGCAUGUCCGCUGCUCUGUUGUUGUAAGGGAGGCAAAACAAAGAUGGCAAUAAACAACACGGGAAAUAAACGAGGCUUCUGGGGAAUGAUACGACAUCAGAAUGGAAGCAAACAUAUUUAGGGCCGUGCAAGUUAACGCGUUAUAAACACGUUGACGUAGCAAUCCAUUAACUCCCGACAGUGAUGUGGUCAUGAGUUAACAGCAUGUUGUUGGGGGAGGGGCUUAACACCGCUGCACGCAUUGCCGAGAAAAUGGGGAAAGGCACGGCGGUUUUAAACGGACAUUUCUAUUUUAAAUUCCUACCAAACGGCGUUUUCGACAGAAGCAAAGCCAUCUGUUACCACUGCAAACUGGAAUUUGCGUACCACCGGAGUACCACAAGUCUAAAGUACCACCUAAAGGCGCUGCACGGCGUGGACGCCAGCCUCCCGCCGGCAGACACGCAAACAACCAUCGUAGCUAAACCUCGGAAGACGACGAACGCCGCCGCCGCUGCGUGCGGGAGAACCAUCGACAAGCCAACGGGAGAAAGGCUAACGAAUGCGCUGGCCGCGUGGAUCGUGAAGGACUCCAGGCCGAUUGACGCGGUGGAAGACGUCGGCCUGAGGAGGCUCCUCAGGAUCGCGACGAACGACGGCGCGUACGAGCCUCCCACGAGACGCACGCUCGUCCGGAGGAUACACAAGUUGUUGGAAACGGAGACGUCGACAAGCGCCGCGGCGUCGCAACACCUGCACCCGGAGAGAGCUUUGGAUUUUAACCAUGAUGAAAUAUCAGAGGACGGUCCUUUCCUUCAGAACGCCUCCAACACAAACUACGUCCCGGAUGCGGUUUUGCCGCCGGGAGAGCCGUGGCUCCGCGGCGGCCCCUCGCGAGCGACUCUGUCGCUGCCCUCCUGCCUGUUCCUGUGUGGGGAGCCUGGGGCUGAGAUGUCUGGUCCCGGGUUUUCUGGCGAAGAGCAGAUGGGAGAGAUGAAAGUGUACGCCAAGUGUCAUCUACAGCAGGGCACCAUGUUUGGGCCGUACGUAGGAGAAAUGUGCAGAGGAAAAAUGCCGACCGACCUCAAAUACGCCUGGGCUAUCAGAGACGAUGCUGCUUUUGUCUACGUUGAUGCUUCUGAUGAAAGCAAAUCUAAUUGGAUGAGGUAUGUAACAUACACCAGCCGGGAGGACGGACAUAACCUGGUCAUUUUCCAGUUCUACCGCCACAUCUACUACAAGGUUUCCCAGCCCAUUACGGAGGGAGGCGAGCUGAGGGUCUGUAUCGGUAAAGAUUAUGCCACCUUGCUGGGCAUCGAAAUGGGUGACAAUAUGAAAUGUGAAGUUGGAGACAAAGAGACAUUCCUGAGCCUCCUGCACGACAUCCAACUGGUCACCCUCCCCGAGCCCAGCGGCUCCUCGCUGUGGUCGGACCGCAGCCAAUCGCAGAGCCCCAAGCUUAUCAUCAGCGACGUGACCACGGUGUCAGACGCAGCAAGUGACUCGGGCAUUAUGGCCGGCUCUGCCUUCCCCUCCCUGGUCUCCCCAGCGGGCUCUCAGUCAUUCGACAAAUAUGAUUUUAUCCCCGGAACCGAGAAACUGCUGAGUAAUCCGAACGCCACGCCGACCAGCCCGUGGUACUUUUUUGGGUUCGAGCCGGACCCCACCGGCCGGCCUCUAGACCGCGGCACUGCAGUGUGUAAGCUGUGCGUAGAACACGUGGGUUGUGGAGGAGGAGGAGCAGUGGAUCUGCACAACCACCUGACCGGCAAGCACCACAUCAGACUACCGCGCGACUGCAUCAAGGAUCGGACCUGCCUGCCAAUAGGUCCGCAGCGCCCGCAGCCACUGAUGGUCAACGGCAGUUUGGUCAGCACCCCCCCGCUGGUGCUCUCCACUCAUGUGACCGAUGCCAUCGCCAACUUUCUCAUCGCGGAUCUCCAGCCGCCGGCUUUGGUGGAGGGCGACGGCUUCAAACAGCUGAUCAACACCUUCCUGCCCUCCUGCAAGAAGCUGCCUUCACCGUGGCAGCUGGAGAACCUCCUGAAAAAACACCACACCAGAGGCAAGGCCAGCCUGGCUCUGCUGCUGAGGAGGAAGAUGGGCGGUGGCAAUAAUGCAGACGCAUCCGACCACACUGCUCCCGUGGAGUUUGAGUCCAGGAAACGCGGGCGGCCUCCCGGCCAUCGCAGGGAAGUGCCUCACUUUGUCACGUUAAGUGUGGACGUGUGGGCGCACAACUGGCAGGGCGAUACUGAGCGGUACCUCACCCUCUGGGCGCAUUACAUCGACCACGGCUUUAGUUUUCAAAACAUGGCGCUGGCCACCCGAAGACUGACCGCAGGCGGCGAUAAAGAUUACAGCCCGCAAGCAGUGGAGGCUCAAGUGAAGGUGAUGGCUAAGGAGUGGGGGAUCUCCGUGCCAAAUCUGGUCUUGCUGGGCGGGGAGGUCCGGAACAAGGCGAGACCGGGACCAGUUAAGCGAGGCAAAACCGGAGACGCUGCCGAGAGCGGCGCCCACCCGAACUCGACCAAGCUCCUCGAGAGGGAGGACGCCGCCUCGCCCGGGGAACCGCAAGGCGGGGAGCCCGGCGACGCGAGUCAACGACCGCCCGCCGUGCCGAGCUUCUUCAGCGCCGCGCAGGGCUGCAUCGAGGAAGUGAUCUCGCACUCUGUCGUCUCCAAGACCCUCGGUCAAUUCCAGGGUGCUCUCGCCAACCUGUUCGAGCCGCCUGCUCCGGACAAAGGCUCGUAUCAGCCCCACGCCCAGAGUCUGCUGCAGAGCCUGGAGAAGCGAGAACAGGCGGAGCUGAAGUCGUGGGCUCACAGCCGGCCAGCGUGGAACAAGCUGUACCCUCUGCUGAGCACGCUCAUCAAACACAAGAGCCGUUUCUGCGAUACGCUUGGCGAGAUCAAAAGCGACGGCCUGCUUAAAGAAGACGCUGGUCCGGAAUCUAGUCUGUCCGGCAGCUGCCAGGCCAAGUCCGCCUCGGCGGGCUUUGCCGCUCUGCGAUCCGAGUGGAAGGUCGUGGAGGAGCUGUGUUCAGUCCUCAAACCUUUGGACGUGGCGUGUCGAACCCUCGCCAAGGAGGCCUUCCCCCGUCUGUCCCUGAUCAAGCCCAUUCUCACGGGCCUGCUCUCCCGCCACCUCGUGUCGCGGCCGGGAGAUUCGUCCUCCAUGCUGAAGGAGGUGAAGAGGAUGAUGAGGCGGAACUUGGCGAGCUGUUAUGAAAACCCCGCCGUCAACCAAGUUCUGUGUGUUGCGUGCGCGCUCGACCCCCAGUUCCACGGACUGGGCUUCAUGGAGGUCAAGGAACGGAAAGCCACUUUUGAUUCGCUGAAGAAAGAGGCUGUGAGGAUUGUGAAGGAGGAAAGGAGGCGAAGUCAAGGUCAUCGGCAGCGCAAGCGGAGCCCCUCACCUGGGUCAGCGGAGUCCGAGGACGACUUCAUACGGAGGAGCAAACGCCUCAAAGACUCCCGGCCGAUAAACUUCAGGGAGUUUGCCGAUCUAGAUGAAGAUGAGGAAGCGGAUGAAGAUGAAGACGCUGACGUCGAUGAAGAGAGCGACGCAGUGGAGAGCGAUGACAGCGAGGGGGCCGAUCCCGUCCCUCAGGGAGGACUCUCUGGAAUGGAGUUCCUCCUGGGAGACCUGUUCUGCUCCGCCCCCAAGAGCAAGCAGAGCUCGGUGGAGGUCUCCGUAGACAUGGAGCUGUCCGUCUUCAGAGCCGACAAGGGGGCUUCGCUGGGAGUGGAGCCCCUGCAGUGGUGGAGGACGAAGGCGGUGCAGCUGCCGCUGCUGGCCACGGUGGCCCGGGCCUACCUGGCUGCCCCGGCGGUGGCGGGUAGCGCUGCGCAGGACUUUGCGCAGGAGGAAGCGCUAGCGACGUACAGGAAGAGGGCCAACAUUCCUCCAGAAAGUUUGGACCCCAUCUUGUUUCUGCACCACAACCACAUGGCCGCCGCUGAGAGCGGGCAAAAAGCAGCCAGACACCACGACACAAUGUGUGGGAUAUAAAAGGUCCCUUUUGACACAAAUGUCCUUCAUUCUUCACCUGCGCUGAAUUUAACCAGCUUGACUAACAUUUAUCUUGAAUUCAAGAAAAGAAAGAACAUGUCGUCCCGUGUCUAAGUUCUUUGAAUUGACUUAACCUUUUUCUAGUAUGUAUGACGUGCCUUACUCUUUCUGGAAAAUCAUUUCUGAGAAGAAUCUAUUUAGAGUCUAUAAACAUGAAUAAUUCCUCCGUGGUUGCACUGUGGAAGGCUAUUACCAUGUGGUGUUUCUUUUCAGGCCAUUUUUUAUUUGUAUGAGAAAGUAUACGAUGAAAUACGACCCAAAGACUGAAUAUUAGCCUACUUAGUGCUACUUGAUUUGAACAUAAACUGCUGUUACGUUUUGGUUUUGAAGAGACGUUAUUUUGUUGUUCCUGCUGUAAUUCUGAAAGUAAUUUGUUUUAUUUUUCUAGUUUGACUCACCGGAUGUAGAGUGUUGUGAUGGCUACGUUUCAAAAGCUACCCUGUUGAAAAUGUGCUAAGCAAUGUCACUAUUUGAAUUACUUCAUCAAGUAAUUUUAUUUUCUAGCGUAAACCCCACACAUUACUCAGUACUUGACACUGGUUACUGUGAGCCCUUUAGCUGAUAAGGACUUGAAUUAAAAGUGUAACAGAGCUACAGCAUAAAUGUUGCAUUUGAUAGAAAAAUGUUUUCACUGAAAAUAUUUGUUAACCCUUCCAAAUCAAUGAUAUUCUUUCAUUGGUUUCAUUUCUUACUUUUUCUCAGUAACGGAUUUAGCAUUAUUACUUUUUUUCACUUGUCAUAGUGUGAUUCAUUUUUUCCAGCAAUUAGCUCAAUGUCUGUAUUGCUGUAGUAGAGUUGAAGUCUUCAGUCAUAUUUUAUCUUCGUGCAUAAAAACUGUCACAUACUUAAAUGUAAAAUGAAUCAUAGAUAAAAGACUGUUUAAACACGUUGCCAGGUUGAGUUGUACAUUUCUUGCUGUACUUUGAAUUCUUUAGACAAAUAUGCAGUCUGUUGCUCAGUUACUGCUCAAACAAUAAAACAGUUAUUUUGAUAA